UUAGUUUUACUGAUCUGUCUUAUUAAUGGAACGGAUUCACUGCCAGGGGUUGAUGUUAACUUACAGGCAGAUAACCACAAUAAUAGACAUAUUCACCAUCACAAAAUGACGUUAAAACACUUCUCCGAACACGCUUUAUGCAAUAAUAUUCGGGGAAAGGUUAUGUUUCUUACGGCCCUGGAUGACUACUUUCACAAUAUAUCAGAUACAAUGCGGAUAAACUUUAUCCUUGAUCUGUGUGCGAGACGGGAUGCUAUGCUAAUUAAGUGGGUGAAGGAAGUGUUCGACAAAGACGGUGAUGGUUCCAUAUCGCAUUUCGAACGGAUAUACUACGUGCGAUGAUAAGCUAUUGGGAUUGACCAAUCAAACGUCAUAUAUCAUUUAAAAACGUGGAAAGUAGAAACAUUCAUGACAAUCUUGAUGAUAAAGAGAAACUAAUGGCUGAAGGGGUACCCUUAAGGGGCAAAACUAUCCCUGUGUUGCAAACAAAUCCAGGCAGAUUUGAUAAUGAAAUCACUACAAUGGUCAGAGUGAAAAACAUCCCACUUUCUGUUGAUGAUGACGUCAUCACCAGAAGCUUAACAUUAAAAUAAAACAUUGAAAUCAUAAAAACAUUUAAGGAAAAAUUAAGAAUUGACAACAAAUUAACAAACUGCGAAACCGGAGAUCGAAUUGUUAUUGUUAAGACAUUAUCCCUAAAGGAACCUCUCCCGUCAACUUUGCCGAUAUCACAAUUUACGGCACGCGUUUACCAUCUAGGCCAAGCAAAAUCAGUUACUCUAGUUGAGCUUAAGUGCAACAAGUGUCUACAAACCGGACACAAUUUUUUUGAUUGUCCAAAUGACUGGGUCUGUGUGAACUGUAACAAGUCCGGACACAAGAAAGCAGACUGUCCAUUCUCAGAUUCGGUGUCUGAAUCUUAGUCUGACAUCCAAGACCAAGACUCGUCGGAAGACGAAUCCUCUGAUAGAACAAUCUCUGAACAGGUUAUUUCAAAUAAAUCAAAAACCACCCCGUUGCAUCAGAUACACGCAAGAAGGCAACCAGUCAAUCACGUGAAUCUUCGAGAUCGAGAGACCCUGGCCAAUGCCAACAAACCAUUUCACAAUUCGUACGUAUGGGCAAUGUAGAUACCGCUUCGUGUACACCCAACAAAGGGAAACAGCCAUGUGCACCGGAACGUUCUCCGCCAACUCCUGUCGAAGUUAUCCACGAACAAGCUACGACGUCGAAGGAAAAGAAAAAUAAGAAAUCAUACAUGCCAUGACUGAUAUCCCAGAAUCGAAUUUUUUGAAAACAUUGAUGGACCAUGAGAUUGAAAAACGAGUGAAAUACUUACUUAAAACUAAUUCAAAAUAUAUCAGAAUAUGUCGUUCAAUAGAGUGUCUUUUUGUAUGACAGUACUGUUAAUAGAAUACUCUUAAAUGUAAAAAGGUGUAUAUGAAAUAGAACGCAUGUGUACGAAAACCAUUGUAUAUGUUUUAUUGACCUUAAUAAUAACAUAAGAUGUUACGUCGUGCGUGGAAUUUAAUCACAUAAAUACUAGACUGUCAUUCAAUAAAUUAUUGUCCAAUAACUGUACCGAUUAUCUAAUUCGGUAUGGCCAAUCAGAAUAUAUUGAUUGUUAAAAAGCAUAUUUGUUUAAUUAUGUUCGCAAUUCAGAUAUUAGCCAUAUUUC